CAUUCUCUCCAAUUUCACUUGCAAAGUUUUUCACUGUAUUACAAAAUCAAUCUAUUACAAUGGCUGCUUCAACAAUGGGUCUGUCUUCACCAUCACUGGCUGGCCAAGCAAUCAAGCUGGCCCCCUCCACCCCAGAGCUAGGCAAUGGAAGGGUCAGCAUGAGGAAAACAGCCUCCAAAAGCGUUUCCUCAGGAAGCCCAUGGUACGGCCCAGACCGUGUAAAGUACUUGGGCCCAUUCUCGGGUGAGGCCCCAUCGUACCUGACUGGUGAAUUCCCAGGUGACUAUGGUUGGGACACUGCUGGGCUUUCUGCUGACCCAGAGACUUUUGCCAGAAACCGUGAACUGGAAGUGAUCCACUCGAGAUGGGCCAUGUUGGGAGCCUUGGGCUGCGUCUUCCCUGAACUAUUGGCCCGCAAUGGUGUCAAGUUUGGCGAGGCCGUGUGGUUCAAGGCUGGGUCUCAGAUAUUCAGCGAGGGUGGGCUUGACUACUUGGGCAACCCAAGCUUGAUCCAUGCACAGAGCAUCCUUGCGAUCUGGGCCACCCAGGUUAUUUUGAUGGGUGCUGUUGAGGGUUACCGUAUUGCCGGUGGGCCUCUUGGUGAGGUGACAGACCCAAUCUACCCAGGUGGGAGCUUUGACCCAUUGGGCCUUGCAGAUGACCCAGAGGCCUUUGCUGAGUUGAAGGUGAAAGAGUUGAAGAAUGGUAGGUUGGCCAUGUUCUCCAUGUUUGGUUUCUUUGUUCAAGCCAUUGUCACUGGAAAGGGACCUUUGGAAAACCUUGCUGAUCACUUAGCUGACCCAGUCAACAACAAUGCCUGGGCUUAUGCCACCAACUUUGUCCCCGGAAAUAAAAAUGCUGGGUCUCAGAUAUUCAGCGAGGGUGGGCUUGACUACUUGGGCAACCCAAGCUUGAUCCAUGCACAGAGCAUCCUUGCGAUCUGGGCCACCCAGGUUAUUUUGAUGGGUGCUGUUGAGGGUUACCGUAUUGCCGGUGGGCCUCUUGGUGAGGUGACAGACCCAAUCUACCCAGGUGGGAGCUUUGACCCAUUGGGCCUUGCAGAUGACCCAGAGGCCUUUGCUGAGUUGAAGGUGAAAGAGUUGAAGAAUGGUAGGUUGGCCAUGUUCUCCAUGUUUGGUUUCUUUGUUCAAGCCAUUGUCACUGGAAAGGGACCUUUGGAAAACCUUGCUGAUCACCUAGCUGACCCAGUCAACAACAAUGCCUGGGCUUAUGCCACCAACUUCGUCCCCGGAAAGUGACUGAAAAAUUAGAAUUGAAAAGAACAAGUAAUGGCUUGUGAAUUUUAUGUUAUUUAGUAAAGCAUUUAUUGGGUUUA